UGCUUUCCUUUUGUUUUAUUGUGUGUGGUUACUUCUGGUAUGGAACCAGAUACACAAGGAACAGGAAUAGUUUACACAGCAGAUAAAGGAAUUUGUCAAAAUAUAACAUGGAAACUUGAGAGUCAUACUGUCUAUGUUAACUUAAAGCAUGUCUUGAAGAAAGGAGAUGGCGGGGAGAGACAGGUAAAAUAUGAUGUGCUUACGUCUGAAUUAGUAAAUAUUACCACAACGACGGAUAUUUGUUGCCCAGGCUUCUUCGAGAAACACAAAGGGAAGUGUAAAAGUAAGUUCUCAAAGACAUCUUUUAAAUUCAUGAAGUUUUAUCCUCCUGCCAUGUUUAAAAUAGCAAGUGAAAUGUGAAAUGAUUCAGACGGCUUACAUGCAUGAACAA